AUGCUCAGUCUCGCAAAAGCCUCUGCGCCGAAUACCGCCAAGAAGAGGCAGUUGUAUUCGAAACUUGAUGCCGGCGUCGAUUCUAAAAGGCGCCGAUGUGAAGCCAACGACAAGGUCCGAAAAUCGAACGUCAAGGCCCAAAAGUCUAACAACAAGGCCCGAAGAUCUCACGCCAAUACUGCAGCUCCAGCAGUCGCCUCAUCCAGCUUGAAAGUAACAGAAACCCCGAGCGCCGGAAAGCAGCCCUCUGAAGAAGAGCUAUGCCGCGGUCGCAGAAGAUGGCGAGCUGGCAGCGAGCCGCAGGGCUGGGAUGAGAAGGAGUGGCAUACCGGUGAUGGCAUGACCGCAAGUAUCGAAGACAGACCCGAGAAGCCCAAGAAGCACGAUUCUAAAUCUACGACAGACGCGUCGACUUCGUCUCAUGAUAGCGAUGAGGAACAUCAGCCGUUCGAUUUGGCGUUUUUUGACGAAUCUUCUUGCGAGAGUGAGAGAAUCCAGCCAUCGUCGAAAGCACUAGCGGCUAGUGUGCAAAAAUUGAAAAUGAUCCAGCACAGCGGCAAAUGA